UUUAAAAGUGUUAAAAAUUGGGUUAUAAAUAGACUUAGUUUGCGGCCAAAUCCAAUAUCGAACCAAAACUUCAUUGUUGUAAAAACAGUACACAGAGACAUCAUCUUAUUUCUCUAAUUGUCUGGAAAUUUUACGAGGAAGAUGGGCGAAGAGGCUGGAGUAGACGAUGUGUUUGAGCAGAUGGACAACGGACAAGACACUGAAGUCACUGAGGAUACGGAUGGCAAUGAUGACAGCCUUAGAUCCAACCGUGUGGACGAUCCUGAGUUGGAAGCGAUCAAAGCAAGAGUGCGAGAGAUGAAGGAAGAAGCGGAGAAGUUGAAGCAGCUACAAUCAGAAGUGGAUAAGCAGAUGAACCUAGGCAGUCCUCCAUCAAUCACAAGCCCUAUGAAUUUAUCCAUUGAAGAAAAGAUAGAGGUUGAUAACAGAUCAAUAUAUGUCGGAAAUGUUGAUUACGGAGCAACAGCUGAAGAACUGGAACAGCAUUUCCACGGAUGUGGAUCUAUUAACAGAGUUACAAUUCUGUGUAACAAGUUUGACGGUCACCCAAAAGGAUUUGCUUACAUUGAGUUUGCCGAGAGAGAUUCAGUGCAAACAGCUAUGGCAUUGGACGAGUCCUUGUUUCGAGGACGACAGAUCAAGGUAAACCCCAAGAGGACCAACCGCCCAGGAUUGAGCUCCACCAACAGAGGUCCUUACAGAGGUGGGAGAGCGCGUGGUCGGUCGUCUCGUGGGUCUUACUACGGCUAUCGGCCAGUCAGAAGACCAAGAAGGCGAGGAUCAUACUAUUUUCCGUAUUGAUUUCAUGUGUAGAUUCUUUGUAACUUUGUUGGUACGUCAAUUCAGCCAAAAGAAUGUGAUUUUAAUUUCAUCUUUGACGAUGCAUGUUUUAUUGCCUUUUGCCUAAAGACAAAACUUUCAGAACCACCAAUCAGAAAACAUUUCAACUUUAACUGUAUGCAAAAAUUUGUUCCUGUGUUGUAUAGGCUAUUGUAAUGUGCAAAGUUUUCACUUUUACAUCAAUUUAUGAUUAUCAGAAAUUUCCUUUAGUUUUAACAU